AUGUCUGCUCAACAAGCAAACAUCAACCUCCAAUACCAACAACAGCUCCAGCAGCAGCAUGAGCAGCAACAACUUCAACAGGUUCAGCAGCAGCAGCAGCAGCAGCUCAACGCCCAGAAUCCUCAGCAGCGCCGCAAAAAGAAGGCGCUGCCCUUGAAGAAGAAGACGUUCCCGACGAUUGUGUCGGCGGGGAUGCGCGAUCGGCAGGCGAGGGGGAAGAAUACGCAUAGGAAGCAUGAGGAUGACGUGACGGACGAUGAUGAUGAAGAUGAUGAUGAGGAAGAUGAAGAAGAAGAUGAGGAGGAGGAGGAGGAGGAUGAGCAGCUCGAAGGUGAUGAUGAUGAUGAUGACGAAGAAGAAGACGAGGAAGAAGAGGAAUCCGACGACGAUAAGACUAAUUCAUCCAGCUUCACCUACAGAUCGGAGCCCUUUGAGACGCGCGAGCGGAGGGCCUAUGCGCUCGCCGUGCUGGAUCGGCCGGAGCAGCUGAUGAUGUAUGCGAAUACCACAAACGACAGCGUCGCAGGCCAGAGAGUGCGCUUCACGAGAAUGAUGUGCGGCUUCGACGACGAGGCCGACUGGCGCAACAAUCUGCACUACAAGGCUGCCCUUGCGGCGGCUAAGGACAGGCAGCUCAAGGUGCGCAGGGGCGCGAGCAUCCCGAGAGAUUUUUGA